UUCCUCUUUGAACAGUUUUGCCUUUUCCUCUCACACAAGGGAGAUCUCAUUUUGUUUGAGACUGGAUACAGUUGAAACCAACCACACACCAACGAGAGGGUAUGAUGGCUAAGAAGCCCCCGAAACCAGCCCCUCGAAAGAUCUUCCACGAAAGGUUAAAGAUUACUGCGCUACCCUUGUACUUUGAUGGUUUUUUAUUAGUCAAGCGGUCAGAAUACCAGGAGUAUAAACAUUAUUGGACAGAGUUGAGAGGAACUACACUUUUCUUUUAUGCUGACAAAAAAAGUACCAUAUAUGUUGACAAGUUAGACAUAAUAGACCUCACAUGUCUUACUGACCAGAAUUCAACUGAAAAGAAUUGUGCAAAAUUCACCCUUGUUUUGCCAAAAGAGGAAGUGCAACUGAAGACAGAAAACACAGAAAGUGGGGAAGAAUGGAGACGCUUCAUUCUUACAGUAACAGAGCUGUCAGUUCCCCAACAUGUGUCACUCCUUCCUGGGCAAGUAAUCAGACUGCAUGAAAUCCUAGAGAGAGAAAAGAAAAGGAGGACUGAAACAGAGCAGAUGCUGAGUUCAUCUAUGGAAAAGGAGAAGGAACCAAUUGAAGAUUAUGUGGAUGUACUGAACCCUAUGCCAGCAUGUUUUUACACAGUAUCCCGGAAAGAAGCAACUGAGAUGCUUGAGAAGAACCCUUCCUUGGGAAAUAUGAUCCUGAGGCCUGGCAGUGACAGUAGGAACUACUCCAUCACUAUCCGGCAAGAGAUAGACAUGCCAAGAAUCAAGCACUACAAAGUAAUGAGUAUUGGAAAAAACUAUACUAUUGAACUGGAAAAACCUGUAACACUCCCAAACCUAUUCAGCGUUAUUGAUUAUUUCGUGACAGAGACUCGAGGAAAUUUACGACCAUUUAUAUAUUCAUCUGAUGAAACCCUUGAUUCCUUGGAAUUUUCUAUGUAGAAAUCAUGUCUUCUGUGAAUACUGUUCCAUGUUUUCCAAUCUGGAUACCUCAUGUAUUUUUCUUGUAUUACUGCGCUGGCUGGGAUAUCCAGAAUAAUGAUGAAUAGAAAUGGUGAGAGUGGACAUCCUUGUCUUGCUCCCAGUUUUAAAGGAAAAACAUUCCAUCUUUCACUAAUAAGUAUGAUGUUGCUGGUAGGUUUUUUUUUUUUUGAAAGAUGCCUUUUACCCUUUAUGAGGAAGUUCCCAUAAAUUCCUAGUUUGCUGAGAGGCAUUUGCUUUUUUUUAAUCAUGAAUGGAUGUUGAAUUUUAUCAAUGAUUUUUCUGCAUAUAUUGAGAUGAUCAUGACUUUUCCUUUUUUGUUUGGAUAAUAUGGUGAAUUGACUGAUUUUCCACUUUUGAACCAGCCUUGGAUCUACCCACUUGGUCAUAACGUACUGUCUUUUUUUUUUAAAUACUUUUUUUGGUCUAGUUAUGGUACAAAUAUGCUGGCAUCAAAAAAUGAGCUGAGAAGUAUCUCCUCUUCUUCUACAGUCUGGAAAAUAGGUGUAGAAUUAGUAUAAGUUUUUCCUUAAAUACUUGGCAGAAU